AUGGUUUCUUCUGAGUUCACUGAUACUACUGCUCGGAUUGGAAGCCCGCCCCUCUCGCCAGAUAGCUGGGAUACCCACGUCCAUGUUUUCGAUGCAUCAAUAGGGCCAUUUGCGCCCGGUAGAUCGUACACGCCCGCUCGAGCUACGGCACAGCAGCUCUUGGACUUUAGUUCCAGUCUGACCCAGGCACUACCUCUCAACAUCGUACUUGUCCAGCCUUCGCCUUACGGAAGCGAUAACAGAGUGCUUUUGCGCUCAAUGAAAAGCUUGCGCGAGGGUGGCAGUCGCAUCGUCCGAGGGAUCGCCGUGGUCGACAUCGAGAACAUUUCUGACGCAGAUCUCAUGGGGCUGCAUGAUGCGGGCGUCCGCGGGUUAAGAAUCAAUAAGCAAGCAGAUGGCAAGUCAACAGAUCUCAAAGCACUUAAAGAAACUAUUUUGCAGACCGCUUCGAGAAUUCAAUACCUCCCAGGCUGGAAGAUUCAGCUCUUUUGCGCUCCUGCUAUGUGGGAAGUUAUCGCAGACCAUGUCGGCGGGAUGCGAGCUCUGUCCAAAUUGCAGCUCAACGCAGCAACGAGCAACCUAGACGAUCCCACAAAGCAGCCCGGCUUCGAAGCUCUUGUCAGACUCGCAAGGGCCUCAAAGGUCAUUGUCAAGCUUUCGGGAUUCUAUCGACUAUCCGACAGGGUUGAAUCGGGCUGCGAGGACAUGGAACCGAUUGUCAAGGCUCUGGUUGAGGCGGUUCCGCAUCGCUUGAUUUGGGGUAGCGACUGGCCUCAUACUGGGGAGGGUAAAGACCGUGUGAAUCGAGGCUUUGAAGCGGUGGAGGAGUUUAAAGAGAUUGACGACGCCCGGAUCAUCCAAAACUUGAGAAGCUGGGUAGAGGACGAGAAGCCGUGGAUGGGGUUAAUGGUUAAGAAUCCUGGGGGAUUUUAUGCUUGA